AUGUCUAUUAGUCUUAGUCAGCCAGCAGAGAGAAAUUUGUUCUUGCAAGGCAAUAUUAAUAACGACUCGGGUCUCGUGCUCUCGACUGACACUAAACCGAGGCUCAAGUGGACACCUGAUCUUCACCAACGCUUCAUAGAAGCAGUGAAUCAACUUGGUGGAACCGAGAAGGCUACGCCGAAAUCGGUCUUGAAAAUUAUGGGAAUUCAAGGACUAACAUUGUAUCAUUUGAAAAGUCAUCUUCAGGUAAAUUAUUCUCGUAAAUUAGACGCAUAUAUGAUAUAUAUAACUCGAAAAUUCUGCUUGAAAUAUAAUCAGAUUUUCUUAAUCUUCCGAACAUUUUGUGUUUGUGUUAUUAAUCUUUAUUUCUUGUUGCUGUUUUGCAUCAGAAACAUGCAUUUGGGUGAAGCCAUACAAAUGCAAAUCGAAGUUCAACGAAGGCUACAUGAACAGCUUGAGGUGCAGCGGCAUUUGCAGCUUCGUAUAGAGGCACAGGGAAAAUACUUACAAUCGGUGCUCGAGAGAGCACAAGAAACACUCGGUGGACAAAAUCUAGAAGCUUCCAAGGUCCAAAUAUCGGACGUAGUGUCCAAAGUAUCCACUCAAUGCCUCAACAUGGAAUUUUCCGGAAUGAAAGAUGUUUCGGGUUUGUACCUUCCGCAGAAGCUAACGAUACAUCAGCACGCGGAUUGCUCGACUGACAGCUGUUUAACCUCGUCAUGCGAAAAUCCCCUAAGAGAAAACGAGCUUUACAAGAAUUCGGCCCGUUUAAAAGCAGUUAGUUUUGGAGCAAAUUUAGAGGCAAGAAAUAACAACAACAAUAAUAAUAAUAACGAUAAAGAUAAAGUGGAUAGAGGGUUCUUUUCGGAACAGAGUUCGGAAAAUUUGUCGAUGAGCUUAGGUUGUGAUCAGAAGAAGAUGAUGAAAAUGGAGAUGAAGAAGAAAAUGCUGGAUUUUUCGACAAGAUUGGAUCUCAACACAGAGGAUGAAAGUGAUGGAGAUCAUUUUAGUUGCAGGGAGUUGGAUUUAAAUGGAUUUGGCUGGGGAUGA